GUCGUACACGUAGUGAGAACGAGCAGGUCCCGAUGCACAAGUCACGGCAACCCUGGGCGGAGAUGAAGGCGGACUCCGACUGGCUCUGAUUUUUAACAGCCCUUUUCAUUCAGGAGGUUGCUUGCCAAUGUUUAUCAAUAUGGCAGAUCCGUUAUCCCAGGCACCAACUGCUACAAAAAUGGCGUCACUAAACCGGGUCCGAGCUUUAGCGAUGAUUUUCUUAACUGUCAGUGGCUGUUGUGUCACCCCGACCAGUGGCAAGGAAGGGUCCGAGGAGACCGUCAUCAUCGGACUCCGACUGGAGGACACGGACGACAUUUCCUUCAUGGAUAAGGGCUACCUGCGCGUGAGCGAGAGGUCUCGUGUUAAAUUAAGGGUGUACGGGCAGAACAUCAACAACGAGACCUGGUCCAAAAUUGCUUUUACGGAACAUGAGCGGAGCCGGUCUGUAGGAAGCUUUGACAGCUCCUCAGGGGAUAACCAGAGCCAGGAGGACUCGUCCGGCUCGUAUCCCUGCGGAAUUAGGACUUCGGAUAUAAUUAUAUUACCCAACAUCAUUCUAAAUCGAAAAACAUCCGGAAUAGUAGAAAUUGAGGUCAAACCUCUGCGAAAGACAGAAAGGAGUAAAGCGUAUUACCUUUGCAUCGCCACCUCCACACCGGCGGUGGCGGGGAUGCACGACCCGUGGACGGAGAACACCUGGAUCUACCACGACGGGGAUGACACCAAAGUGAUAGUAGUAGAGGAGAAAAAGUUUCUGCUGCCUUUCUGGCUCCAGGUCAUCUUUAUCUCCAUGUUGCUUUGCCUCUCCGGAAUGUUCAGCGGCUUGAACCUGGGGCUCAUGGCUCUGGACCCCAUGGAGCUCCAGAUAGUCCAGAACUGCGGCACGGAAAGGGAGAAGAAUUACGCCAAAAAAAUAGAGCCAGUCAGAAGCCAAGGGAAUUACUUACUCUGCUCGCUCCUGCUCGGGAACGUGCUGGUGAACACCACGCUGACCAUCCUGCUGGAUGACAUCGCCGGGUCCGGGUUAAUCGCGGUGGUCAUGUCAACCAUCGGGAUUGUCAUUUUUGGAGAAAUUGUGCCACAAGCCAUCUGCUCCAGACACGGCCUCGCUGUGGGCGCUAACACCAUCUUCCUCACCAAGUUCUUCAUGCUGCUCACCUUCCCUGCUUCCUACCCGGUGAGUAAGCUCCUGGACUACCUGCUUGGGCAGGAGAUUGGAACCGUGUACAACCGGGAGAAACUCCUGGAGAUGCUGCGAGUCACGGACCCUUACAAUGACCUGGUGAAGGAGGAGCUGAACAUCAUCCAGGGCGCGCUGGAGCUCAGGACUAAGACAGUGGAGGACGUUAUGACGCCGCUCAGAGAUUGCUUUAUGAUCCCCGGGGAUGCAACCCUGGACUUCAACACUAUGUCAGAAAUAAUGAAGAGCGGCUACACGCGCAUCCCGGUGUUUGAGGGCGAGAGGUCCAACAUAGUGGAUCUGCUCUUUGUUAAAGACCUGGCCUUUGUUGACCCGGAUGACUGCACGCCGCUCAAAACCAUCACAAAGUUUUACAGCCAUCCGCUGCAUUUUGUGUUUAAUGACACCAAGCUGGAUGCGAUGCUGGAGGAGUUUAAAAAAGGAAAAUCUCACUUGGCCAUAGUUCAAAGGGUGAACAAUGAAGGAGAGGGAGAUCCUUUCUAUGAGGUUCUUGGAAUUGUCACCCUGGAGGACGUGAUUGAAGAAAUCAUCAAGUCGGAGAUACUGGAUGAGACUGACUUGUACACUGACAACAAGACAAAGAAGAAAAUCACCCAUCGGGAAAGGAAGCAGGAUUUCUCGGCCUUCAAGCCCACUGACAAUGAAAUGAAGGUUAAAAUAUCACCUCAGCUUCUGCUGGCUACCCUUCGUUUCCUAGCAACAGAGGUUGAGCCAUUUGCACCGGUGCAGAUGUCAGAAAAGAUUCUGCUGCGCUUGUUGAAGCAUCCAAACGUCAUUCAGGAGCUGAAAUAUGAUGAGAAGAACAAGCGGGCACCAGAGCACUACCUCUUCCACAGGAACAAACCCGUGGAUUAUUUCAUUCUCAUUCUACAGGGGAAAGUGGAGGUGGAGGCGGGAAAAGAAGGGAUGAAGUUUGAAGCAGGACCAUUCUCCUUCUACGGGAUGAUGUCUCUGACUGUGUCUCCUGUGCCCCUGUCCCUGUCUCGUACAUUUGCAGUCAGUAGAGCAGAAUCAUUAGCAGGAUCUCCAGAGAACAAGUCUCCUCCACGGCCGUUUGGACUGAACCACUCAGACUCUCUGAACAGGACUGAUCGCAUAGACGCCAUUACUCCAACUCUGGGCAGCAGCAACAACCAGCUCAACUCCUUCCUUCACAUCUACGUACCCGAUUAUUCUGUCAGAGCGCGAUCGGACCUGCAGUACAUAAAGGUAACGCGCCAACAGUACCAGAACGCUGUGAUGGCAUCGCGGAUGGAUAAGACCCCCCAGUCAACGGACAGCGAGUUCACCAAGAUCGAGCUGACGCUGACAGAGCUCCACGACGGCGUGGACAACCCAGCUGUCCUCACCACGGCGAGCAUCACCAGCACCACCAGCACCACCCCCUCCGUGGCUAUCGCCAUAGCCAACGAGACGGCCCACCUGCUCAACCAGCAGCAGAACUGUGUUGGCCUGAUGAGGAGCAACCACAGCGGCCACAAUGAGGGACCCAUUUAAACCCCGCUGAGCCCGGUGGAGACCCAGACCCUCCACCCUGUCUCACGGACACACAUGGAGCAGUGACAUAGAUGGAGAUGAGGGAAAUUGGGGAGGCAGGAGGAGUGAGCAUGCUCCAUCCUGUAGCCCCCAGUCAGUCAGUCAGUAAGACCCUUUCACUGGGGGGCAGUGGGGAAAACGGGCGCUGUGUCGCCCAGAACACCCCCACCUAAAAGCUGUCAGAAUCCCUGCUGUAUUACGCCCUCUUACGAAGGGUCGACCCGGACACAACCUGUGACUAAGCUUCCUGUUUGAGACAAUCGGACUCUUCAUCGCGGUGACUCGGACUAGAGGUUGCCAGAGUGCAGACACACACACACACAUACACACACACAACACCAUCCGCUCUUCUUCCUCCUCAGGCCAAAGACUUUGGUCCCCGCCCCCGCUCCUCCCAUCUUUCCCAGUUUUACUUUCCCCACACAGAAAACAGAUGCAACUCCCCAUUUCUUCCUGCACAUCUUUCAGGGAGCUUCAGCCGACUGUGGAUCCGUCAGACUCAAACCCAAACACGGUUUGGAGACUGAACCAAAAACCGCUUUGAAAGAAACCGUUCAACCGUGAACCCAGAAUGUUUUCCUCUAUUUAUUUAUUUUAUAAUAUUGUAUGUAUAUAUGUAUGCGUGGAGACAUGAAAUUAACUGGCAUUCAAGCAUGUAUGAGUGUCAUAACAAGAAGAAUAUGCUACAUAUAUGGGGAUGAACAUCCAUUCAUGUAUAUGAGGAGGUGAGGGUGUUUUACAUAUAUAGUAUGUAUAUUACAGAUCUUAUUAUUUUUACUAUUAUCCUAAAUCAGGCUUAUGGUACACUAUCUUUUUCACCUUUAAAAAAAAUCACACUAUUGCCUUUAAAAGAAAUCAUAUAAUUAAUUAUUUUAACAAAGUGCAAUGAAUCACGAUUUAUUUAAGAAAUGAUUAUGAAUAAGAUAAUUAACUGUAUUAUAAAUUGACAGAUUUAUUUGUAUGUAUGUAUUUUAUGUACAUUUGUUUUUGAAAAAUGCUAAACUGCAGCCAUCCACAAGCAAGAUUGUUAAUUUUCUUUAAGUCUCUUUGUUAAAAGUUUGUCUUUGUCUCUGUCAUGUUUUUGCAUCCUUUGACCUCAGCGAUGUCUCGUAGAGUUCAUGUGGGACUAAUGAUGCCUUUACUUGUCACUACAGUGUAGUUCUGGAAGGGGGUGGGGUUGGGUUGUGGGGAAAAAGUGCCAACAAGGUAUCUAUGCAUGUAAGGUGUCUUUUUUUUUUUUUUUUUUUUGGUUAAUUUUAAGCAUAAUCAGACUUGAUAAUUGCACAGUAUUAAUGACCUCAUCUAACAUGUUGAGCACCAUCAACGCCACAAAGAACAACCUCGACAUUAAAUGUCUCCAUGAAUGAUGAAUACAUAUGUUUCUCCACCAUUAAUGUUCAUGAAUGUUUGUUUUUUUCCUGUUUGUCUGUGGGAGGUUUUCAUCUCAUUCAGCUCAAUUCUUUUUGGAGUUAGUAUUCAGUUAGUAUGAAAGACAGUAGACUGUACUUGCUUUUAGCUCCCUUCACCUCUAGUAGUUUAUAACCUGAGCUUACUAAUAUCUUGAGUUGAUUCAGAUCAGAAUCUAAAAUGUUCUUCGCAGAUGCUGGCUGCUAUUAAAGAGAGAUAUUUAUAUUGUUCUGCUUUUAUCUUAGAUGCACUGUAGAGUUUAUUUUCGCACUUUCAAGAGCACACGUUUUUAAGAAUAGUUUGGAAUUUUUUUAGGAAAGACAACUUUUACUUGCUUUAUUGUCAAGUUAGACGAGAAGACACUGAACCCGUCUGGAUCGUAACCAUUUUUGAAACCAGCUUCAAAUUAACCCUUGGAGGGACUUUUUUAUGGACUUUUUUGUCCUUUCAGAAAGUUCUUUCCUCAAUCAUUUUGUGCUCAUUCUGCUUGUGUCAACCACACGGGAUGAUAUUUUGUAAGGAAAGUGUUUUAGUUAAGUAACUAUGAAGUUACAAUUUCAAAUUUUCCUAAAGAUCAACAGGACACUGGGGACAAAUUUACUACCCAUUCAGGUCAUUAGAGGACAAAAAAGUCCUCUGCCAAAACCUACUAAAUAUUACGGAUUAAUAUUUAUUUAUUUGCUCAAAUUGCUAAACAAACUUCAGUCCUAAUCAAAAAUUCCAAAUAAGUAAUUAUUCAAAUUAUAUGAAACCUUUAAAUGCCAAUUUUUUAUGAAAACACAAUAUACAUUAAAUAAGUUAUUUCUCAUAUAAUACAUAUUGGAGGGGUGGAGAUUUUUUUUAAAGAUCAAAACCAAUAUUGUCACAGAUUUUUAAAACAUUUAAGAUGAGUCUAAACUUUUAAUUUUUUUUCCUCAUAAAAAUGAUUACAUAAUGUAAUUAAACGCCCAUUUAAAUUGAAAAUUUAUAUAUUUGAUAGUGUUCAUUAGGACUAAACUUUAUUAAAAGAUUUGGGUGAAAAAAAUUUGGAAAAUAAAUUCCUCUGUAAUUUUUUUAUGGUCAUUAUUUGGGAAAUGGACUUUUUUGUCCUCUAAUGACCUAAUAGGGUGGUAAAUUAGCUGCCCAACAGGCAUAAGUAUCCAGAUCAGACACAUAUCUUCUCACCUGACCUGAAGAAAAAGUUAAGUAAGCUCAUAUUCCAAAAUGCUGAACUACGUCUUGAAAGUGUUUGUUUUUUUGUUUUUUUUUCAAUUUUCUUGCCCUUAUUAUUUUACCUCAUAAGACAGAAAAGAGUUUUCUUAAAGAAGCAUAGAGUAGAUUAACUGUUUACUUUGCAUCUAUAGGGGUGUAGAUUUUAGUCUUUAAGAUGAUGUUGAUGCCACUUCUAAGUCUGUUCAUUCACAUGUUUGUUUGUCGCAGCGAAAAAAGUGUCCUGAAGCUGAAUCUGUCUUAAAAACGCAGUUGCAGAUUGUAACCACUGGUGGUAGCUGCUUCCUCAUGUAAUUCAUUGUGUGUGUGUGUGUGUGUGUGUGUGU